AUGGGUAAAAAGAACACCAAAGGUGGUAAAAAAGGUAGAAGAGGUAAGAACGACUCCGAUGGCCCUAAGCGUGAGUUGUACUACAAAGAGGAAGGUCAGGAGUAUGCUCAAAUCACCAAGAUGUUGGGUAAUGGAAGAGUAGAGGCUUCAUGUUUUGACGGCCUCAAAAGAAUGGCGCACAUCAGAGGUAAGCUCAGAAAAAGAGUCUGGAUGGGCCAAGGUGAUAUCAUUUUGGUUUCGCUCAGAGAUUUCCAAGAUGACCAAUGUGAUGUGGUGCACAAAUACAAUCUGGAUGAGGCACGUACGUUGAAAAGUCAGGGAGAACUGCCCGAAAACGCAAAGAUCAACGAAACUGACAACUUUGGUUUCGAGUCCGACGAAGACGUCAACUUCGAGUUCGGCAACGCAGACGAUGACGACGACGAAGACGACGACGACGACCUUGACAUUGACGACAUCUAA